GUCAAUAUCAAGCCACCCAACAGUGGAGCCUGCGUGCUCCAUCUUCCACCCUGCGGCAGUCACCACCACACCACCAGAGCCCAGCAGGCUCACACGUCCCUCUUUCUGAGCAGCCGUCCUCGUCAACCCCGUCCUCGAUGUUAACUCCAUACUUCUACGACCCCGAGCAGGCGGCUCAUCAGGACGCUGGUGACUAUCAGCAAUAUGUAGAGAACUACAACACCCAGAUACACUAUGCGUACCACCUAGGAAACCAGCAGCCGCAGGGUAUGCUCCAGAUUCCCUACACGGAGCCUCAUGCGCCGCCUCCUCCAGCGCCAGCAUCCAUGACGAACCCUGGCCUUAUGCAACAACCUCUACCGAACCAGUAUCAGUUCGCACAUUAUAUGACUCCUGCACACCAGCCGCAGAGAGACGCAUAUACGCGAGGUUAUGCUCAAACUAGCUUUGUUGACCCUACCCAGCGAAGUCCCCGGGAAUCUCGUCAGGUUCAGCGCACCAGCAGUGCUCACCAACCUGGGUAUAUGCCACCCGCGGCGCCAUCAUUCAUGCAAGGGCAGACAGAGUCUGUACCUGCCGCCUAUCCUCAGCAUUUCGCUCCCGUGCACGACGCCGGAAUGACCAACAUGCACCUGCAUUUUCCGCACCAGCCACUGGCUGUUUCAGAUUUCACGUUCGAGUACGCGGCACCUGCAGUGGAACCAGUAACCGGUACUGGCAGUGCUAAUUACACACCGUCGUCUCAACACUCAGGUCUUCCCUCCCCGGACACUGGGGACGACCGCCCACAACCACAAGCGACUUCGCCAAACACUACGGCACCUAAACGGCAGAGACAGCCUGCACCGAUUGCUCCCCGGCCGGAAUCGCAGCCAAACCUGGCACCGGUUCGGACGAAGCGACCAGGGAAUAAGCGUGCUAGGAGGAACCCUCCCGGUGACGAUGAGAGUGGUAGCGAGGAUGAUGACGAUGUAGCAGGCACUAUUCCUCCCCUCAAGGGUCCUGAUGGGAAUGCCGGUAGACUUCCUGGCGCAUGCACACAUUGCAAAAAACUUAAGAUGAGAUGCUUUUUCCCUGACGGCGACUCCAAGACAUGCGUCCGGUGCAAGACGAGCGGGCAUAUCUGUGUCGUCGAGGGGCGAAAGCCGCGAAACCAGCCCAACAAACGCGAGUAUCUGCUCGCGCAGAUACGUCAGAAGGAUGCGAUCAUCGAGUCGCUGCUGAAGCAGCUGCACAAUCCCUACCUAGCGACACCGUUAAGCAUUGAGUCGUAUCGCAUGGCAACGUCACCAUCAGAUCAGAACAACAAGAACGUACUCGCCUGGCUCGAACGGCUUGAGCAUAGCGUCCGGACUGCCGGGGGUUCUGGAGGCCCGGGCGCUUUCGGGCUGAGCUCGCGUAGCGAACAGGAAAGCACAACAGAGGACGAGCUCGACUCGGAGACCGAGGAGCAGGUUGAGCCUACCGAGCGCGGUAGCACGACCGGCACGGUCAAGGUCGAGGAGGAUGAGAAGAAUCAGAGCCUGCCGAGCUCGGAGGUCCCGCUCGGACUCAUUGCGGAACUCGCACUCAGCAACAAACCGCGCGGCAGCAAGGGCAGAAAGCCUGUCAAGGACGAGGAGGAGACGGACGACGACAAUGUCGGCGUGGCGAACGACACCUAUUUCAUGCCUGGUCCGGCCAAUGAUCUGAACAUCAGGGCCAAGAUUAUUCAGAAGGAUAGUCCUCCCGAGAUUUUGGUGCACGGCUUGGUGACCCCUGAGGACGUGGAUAAUCUGUUCGAAAUCUUCUUCGCCCGUCUGAAUUGCCACGUCUCCGUCCUGGACCCUGUGCUCCAUACACCGGCGACGACCUUUCAACGUUGCCCAUUCCUGUUCACCGUAGUAUGUGCUGUUGCAUCGCGCUACUACAAGGAGAAAUCGGAGAUCUAUCCGAUCGCAAUGCACUUCGCGAAGCACGCAGCCGCCAACGCGCUGAUCACCGGCUGGAAGUCCGUCGAGCUUGCGCAGGCAUACAUCAUCCUCAGCGUCUACAGUGUGCCAGCGCGCCGGUGGGAGGAAGACCGGGGUUGGUUGUACACUGGUCUUGCUAUCAGGAUUGCGACAGAUUUGAACCUGCAUGUUCUUCCUUCGUCAACGCCGACUACGGAAAUGCAAGAGCGCGAGGUCAUCAACCGCGUUCGGGUCUGGAUGAACUGCUACAAUCUCGACCGCUCGACCGCGACACAGUUCGGGAAGCAUUCGACGAUCAAGGAGGACUUCAUCGUGCGCCGUUCGGACGACUGGUACAAGAUGUCACCGUACAAUCACCCGCAGUACGAUAUCGGCCUAUGCGCUUACACUUCCAUGUUGCGCAUCGUGGCGCAGUUCCACGAAAAAGUGUUCAGCGACCCUGACUCUCCUACGGGGCUGAAUGAAGGGCUGGACUUCGUCGCGAUCACCACGAAAUAUGACGAUGACCUCACACGAUACUUCGAUGACUGGACUCGGCGAUUUGCUACCGAAUCUGAUAUGACUGAUCCUGCUUGCGCCUUUCGUGCCAGCCUCUUGCCAUUCUUCACCAACUACUCUCGGUUGGUGAUGUGGUCCUUCGGCUGCCAGCAGGCCUUCCGGCGUAAUAUGCAACCUAGUGAUCAAUUGUUUGUGGACAAGUGCUUCGAAGCCGCGAAAGCUGUCAUCAAAUCCAUGGUUGAGGGCGUUGCACCCUCCGGAUUCAUGCGCUUUGCCCCUGACAGUCAUUUCGUCUUCGGGACCUUCGCGUCGGCAUUCCUGCUCAAGCUUCUCAAGCCCGAGCUCAUGAACUUAAAUUUGAUCACGAAACAGCAGGAAGAUGAGAUCUUCACACUGAUUCAUCGCCUCAUUCAGACCCUUCAAUCUCCGGAGAUUGCUAUAGAUGAGAGGCAUACGCCGCGGCUGCAUGCCCGGUUUCUCACCGGGCUUCUAUCCGGGUACAAGCGCGAUGUUGCGACGACGGGCCGCUUACAUACCCAGCCACCACCGCCACCACAAGAACGUCAGUUCCACACCGAUCCCGCUAACGUGCAACAACCGAUGCAAGGCGGAUCGUCUCAGCAGGUGUUCUCAGUUGCUCCUCAAGGACCAACAGAUAGUCAUGGCAUGGGUCACUCCCGUUCGCCACCGGACAGUAUCCUCAACGAGCCCGUGUAUGAGCCCGAGGUUGCAUAUACCGCGGAUGCAGGUCAGAUCCUGGACUUCGAUACGAGCAUGGGCACGGAAGACGACAUGCUCGGCGCACUGAGAAUUUUGAAGUCGCCCGCCUACUGGUCGGAUAUGAUGACCGCUGGUUUCCAGAAUCAGUGGGGCCCGUCUCAGUCGGGCGACAAUUCAUACCAACAGGGCAUACCAGGCAUUCAUCAUAGCUUCAACACUUAUCAAGCCGCUGGCGUGGCAUGAGUCGCACCUUUACCUGAGCUACGUUCAGUCGUCGUCUUGGAGGCACCACCAUCUGGAUAACACUCUUUAUUUCUUGUCCUACUGCCUCUGGAGGCUAUUAAACUGUAUGUCAUCAUCCUUGCCUGAUCCUCUUCGCCAUUGUCGCAACCACUACACGUCAUUACAUUAGAGUUAUACUCCUGUAUCUUUCCUAACAAGAUAUUUACCGGUUGUACCACCC